GCUCAUAUUAUUUAACUAUCUCUCAGUUUCUCUCUCUCUCUUUCUCUCUCUCUACAAUGGGGCAAAAAAGCUUUUUGCUUCUUCACAUUUUGUUCGCUCUCACUUUGUCUCUAUACACCCACUCUGUUCUCAGUCGCACCUUAACGUCUCACAGCACCGCAGUUCUGGAUGUCUCAGCCUCCAUUCAACGAACCAGAGAUGUAUUCUCGUUGGCUCCCCAAUCUCUAAAUUCAACUCUGUUUCAACCAGAAGCAACCACUUCUUCUUCAUUUUCUCUCUCACUACACCCUCGAUCCUCUAUUCACAAAUCCAAAGACAAGGACUACAGGCUAUUGACUCUAUCUCGACUGGAACGUGACUCAGCGCGAGUCAAAUCGCUCACCACGAAACUCGAACUCGCCAUCAAUGCCGUCCACCAGUCGGACCUCAAUCCGGUGGAGACGUCGGUGGAACUUGAGGAGUUCGAGACACCGUUGACCUCCGGGGCGAGUCAGGGGAGCGGCGAGUACUUCUCGCGAGUUGGAGUCGGCCGGCCGGUGAAGCCCUACUACAUGGUCAUCGACACCGGCAGUGACAUCAGCUGGCUCCAAUGCCAGCCCUGUUCGGAUUGUUACCAACAGUCCGACCCGGUGUUCGACCCGUCCGCUUCCUCCUCCUACAGUCCUCUUUCCUGCAAUUCGAAACAAUGCUCGUCUCUCGAAGUUUCGGCCUGCAGUAGUGGUAAGUGUAUGUACCAGGUCGCGUACGGCGACGGAUCGUACACCGUCGGCGACUUCGCCACCGAGACGGUGUCGUUUGGCAACUCCGGAUCUGUGAAUAACGUCGCGCUUGGGUGUGGACACGAGAACGAAGGGUUGUUCAUCGGCGCGGCUGGGCUGCUAGGGCUCGGCGGCGGCUCGCUCUCGCUUCCUUCUCAGAUCAAAGCGUCGUCGUUCUCGUACUGCCUCGUCGACCGCGAUUCCCCAUCCUCGUCAACUCUGGACUUCAACUCGGCUUCUUCCGGUGGCUCUGUCACAGCUCCGUUGCUCCGGAACUCCAGAAUCGAUACCUUCCUCUACGUCGGACUAACCGGACUAGGCGUCGGCGGACAGAUGCUCUCGAUCCCGCCGUCAGUAUUCGCAGUCGACGAGAGCGGGAGGGGAGGAAUCAUCGUGGACUCGGGGACCGCCGUGACUCGGUUACAGACUCAGGCCUACGACUCGCUCCGCGACGCGUUCGUGAAGAUGACUCAGAACUUGCCGUCGACGAGUGGGUUUGCUCUGUUCGACACGUGUUAUGACCUGUCGUCGAUGACGAGGGUGAGCGUGCCAACGGUGUCGUUCCACUUCGCGGGAGGGAAAACGCUGUCGUUGCACCCGAAGAACUACCUGAUACCGGUUGACAACGCCGGGAAGUUCUGCUUCGCGUUCGCUCCGACGCAGGGGUCACUGUCGAUCAUCGGUAACAUACAGCAGCAAGGCACACGUGUCAGUUACGAUCUCGCCCAUUCACUAGUUGGGUUCAGUCCUGACACUUGUUGAGAAAAGCAAAGGACUCCAUAAAUAGGAUCGGUGUAACUCAUAAUUUCCUUUUUACCUUGACCAUAAAAAGAAGUGAGAAGGAAAUAUAUAUCAUCAACAUAUAUAUAUAUAUAUAUAUAUUUACAGUAUAUCUAUAUGUUACUCCGUAGUACUUAGUAGUAGUGUAAUUAAGAACGGGGCCGCCAAGUUGACAAGUUUGUGGGUGGAUGAAAGUGGGACCCAGCUAAAUAAGUAGGGAGGGGCUUGGCAGCUGGGAUGGGGGCUGUGAGCCUGUGAAGCCUGUGUUUAUACAUACAUCAUGAUUGUGAAAAGUAUAUGCAAUGUUGGUGGCAUGUAAUGCAAAUCAAUUGAAGAUUAGGGGCAAUGUGGUGACUGAGUGAGUUGUGCGAGCGUUAUGUUAUGUUAUGUUUCUUACGUUGGUCAAAAGACUGCAUGCAUGUUGACAUGAGUCUGGUCAAUUUGAAUUGGACGUGUCGUAAUAUAGAAUCUGUGAUUUGUUGACA